UAGUUUGGGAAGAACACGCGCACUGACACCGAGCCCAACACAAGUACACAACACAUAUGCGGCCCUAGAUCUCUGUCACCAAAGCCAAAUCCCAGCCUUAAAGCAUCUACUAAUCCCAAAAAGAAAGAAAGAAAGCGAAAUCCCCGUUAACCCCAGGGCAAUUCCAUUCCGAAAGGCAAACAGGGAGGAGCAAAAGCACAAAAGAAUCCUCCUUACCCCCCCCCCUCCCCCUUCCGCUUGAAGCUUUUGUUCGUUCUUAUCUUCUUGAUGAGGGGCAAAAGGUGGUGCGAUCUUGUUGGGUUCACGCGGGGAAGAGGGACGGCGGCCGGCUUGGCCAUGGCAUUGCCCGUUUCCCUCGUCCGCCUCUCGCUGCUGCUGCUCGUCGCCCUGCCAUUCUGCGCGACCCAUCCCGGUCCGUCCUUCCAUGCUCCGCGCGAGUUCCAGAGGGCGCUCGACUCAGAUAGAUAUGGCUUGGUGGCAAGGAGGUCUAUUGCUGAAGCUCCUGUUGACACAAACAUCACUACAAAUAGCUCCUUUGUAUUGGCAGCAGAUAGGACAUACCGAAAGGAUCCCUUGAAUGGUUUCAGGAAAUACCCGGGGGGCUGGAAUAUCAGCGAACUGCACUAUUGGGCUUCCGUUGGAUAUACAGCAAUUCCACUGUUCGGCAUUGCCCUGGCGUGGUUUGUACUCUUUUUUCUAGUUAUGCUCGGGAUUUGCUGCCAUCAUUGUUGUUGUCCGCAUCACAGUUACAAGUACUCUCGAACAGCAUAUGCCUUAUCAUUGAUACUUCUAAUAUUAUUCACUUGUGCCGCAAUUGCUGGAUGUGUUAUGUUAUAUGAUGGCCAGGGCAAAUUCCACAAAAGCACAACAACUACUCUGAAAUUUGUUGUUAGCCAGGCGAAUUAUACUGUCGACAACCUUAGUAACCUAUCUGAUAGUUUAUCUGCUGCGAAGAAGGUUGACAUAGGAAGAUUCUUGCUGCCCUCUGAUGUGCAAAAUCAGAUCAAUGAUAUUCAAGGAAAGUUGAACUCAUCAGCUACUGAUCUUGCUACCAGAACAACAGAUAAUUCUGAGAAGAUAAAUAAAUUGCUGAAUCAAGUGCGGGUUGCUUUGAUUGUCAUUGCGGCGGUAAUGCUUCUCUUGGCAUUUAUUGGCUUCUUGUUAUCCAUCUUUGGGCUGGAAUUCCUUGUCUCCGUCUUGGUUGUUAUUGGAUGGAUACUGGUUACUGGGACAUUUAUCCUGUGUGGUGUCUUCCUUCUUCUGCACAAUGUUGUUUCAGAUACGUGUGUUGCAAUGGAUGAGUGGGUUGCUCAUCCAACAGAACACACUGCCCUGGAUGAUAUUAUUCCCUGUGUUGAACCUGCUACUGCGAACGAGUCCCUGUAUAGAAGCAGGCAAGUCACUUUCCAGCUAGUGAAUCUGGUCAACCAGGUGAUCACCAACGUGUCAAAUAGAAACUUCCCUCCAAUGACAACACCUUUCUACUACAACCAGUCGGGGCCAUUGAUGCCUACGCUCUGCAAUCCAUUCACUCCUGACCUGAGUAAUCGCACCUGCACCAGAGGAGAGGUUACCUUGGACAAUGCAACCCAGGUUUGGAAGAGCUUUGAAUGCCAGACCACUACUGUCUCAGGAGCUGAGAUUUGCACCACGGUGGGGCGUGUCACCCCCAGGAUCUACGGUCAGAUGGCGGCCGGAGUGAACGUGAGCCAGGGGCUGUAUCAGUACGGCCCUUUCCUCAUUCAGCUGGAGGACUGCACCUUUGUGCGUGACACGUUCACGACCAUCAACCUGAACUACUGCCCUGGCCUGCAGCGGUACAGCAAGUGGGUGUACGUCGGCCUGGUGAUGGUCUCAUCGGCUGUGAUGCUGUCCCUGAUCUUCUGGGUGAUCUACGCGAGGGAGCGGCGCCACCGUGCCUACAACAAGCAUUUCAUUGCCGGGCACCAGCAGUACCCAAUGGAAGACAAGCCUGCUCCAACGGUUCCGAACGCUUGAUAUGACUGUUCCCAUGUCUGGCCAUACUAGUGGUUGUGGCCAUGAUUGUUUGUUGCUUACUUGCUUGGCGAUUUUAUUUUAUUUUCCAAACUUUGAUGCGCAUUUUGUUGGUAAUGUUAGGGAUGUAGCAUCUUUCAACUUGCUUGUGGCUCUUGAACUUUAGAGAGUUCAGAUAGCCCUCGGUUGUCGUUGGCGUUUCUGUUGGUGUUCGGAUUGGUGACGUAUGUAUAGCCAUGAUCUUAAAGAGCUGCAUGUUCAUAUAGCAUUGUUGCCCCCUUGGUGACCA